UUGGUGCCCUAUGGACUUUUAUUAGGUCUGUUUCGAACUUGGACGGUAUUUAUUAUCAAUGUUUUUUGGCUUCGGCUUUGUAGCUCCGACUUAUUCAAAUAUGAGCUCCAGCUCCAGGGCUUUAGUUUUUUGGAGAUGUUCCAGCAUAAUAUAUUCAGAUCAAGGCUUCCUAAUUUUAGAGCAAAAUUUUUGGAUUUUCAGAAGGCCAAAAAGUCAAACUUCUUCCUUAUUUUGUCUACGGGUUAUAGUAGCUUAUUAUGUAGUCCGAUAAUACUGAGUAAGCAAAGAAUGUAUUGUGUCUCAUUUUCAAUAUUUUUAUUUAUUGUUUUAUUUAUCGAUAAUAAAGUAAGUGAAUUAUCACUUUGGUGUGUUUCUGUGUAG